AUGAAGCAGGAGCUGGAGGAGGAGGGUAGUCGCUGUUUGCUUCUGUCCAAGCAGCACAAGUUCAACGAGCACUGCUGCAUCCGCUGCUGCUCUCCCUUUACCUUCCUGCUCAACCCCAAGCGCCCAUGUCUGGACUGCCACUACAACGUCUGCAAAUCCUGCCGCACCUACAAUCAGAGCGAAAGGGGCUAUAUCUGUGACGCCUGCAAAAAGAGCAGGCUAUUGAGGACACAGUCCCUAGAAUGGUACUACAAUAAUGUGAAGAGUCGGUUUAAGAGAUUUGGAAGCGCCAAGGUGCUGAAGACCCUCUACAGGAAACACAUCAUUGAAAGAGGAGCAUUAUCUGAGUUACCAGAGGUGAGUGCUCAUGAAGGCAGUAAUGAUAAUGGCAGUGUUUGUGAUGGCAGUGACUCCACGCUCUACAGGCAGAGUGAAGGUCACAGCAUGGCAGACACGCUCACCGUUGCUCUACGUGUGGCAGAAGAGGCGAUAGAGGAAGCCAUUGCUAAAGCUGAGAGCUACAGAGACAGUCUGGAGAAACAGAAUGAAGCUCGCUAUUUGCGUGACCACAAGGAAGAACUUAUAGAGGAACUUGCCACAACAAUUGUUCAAAAAAUCAUUCAGAGGGGAAAACGGUCUGAAAUUCAGGCUGAGUAUGAGUUUGUAUGGCCUCAGAGUAGUGAGCUUCCUUCCCCUACCUCAACACAAAACACACACACAACGCAGCAUUCACACUCCACCCCUCAGCAUGGCGCAGUAGCACAGACUGACAGUACCAGCUCCUAUCCGCUGUGGAAGUCAAGAUCAGCAUUCUCUUUGACAAGUGACGAUUCUCCAGAGAAGGGCCCUGAGGUGGGCAUGGCCCCAGGGUUCCCGGACAGCACUGAAGUAGAGACAGCUUUCCAGAACUACUCUUCACUCAGGAGGGAGUCCAGAGCAUCAUCACUUCCUGGGUGGAAGAGUGUUGACCGCCUGGACAACUCUAGUGCGUCUUCAGUCCUGCAAUCCCCUGAUGGUAACUGGAUUGCCCUGCAGAGCUCCCAGCAUUCCCGGCCUAGUCUGCUGACCAAGCGCAAGAGUCUUGUUUUCAGCGUGCUGGAGAAAGAAUCAGGUGUUGUGUCCGCGUAUGACGAGAUGGGCUCUGAUUCGGAUCCAGAGGACCAGGGGGGCUGGGGGGCUGCCCUGUUACAGUUUCGCAGACGUCUUUCCGAUGAAACGUACUAUACUGACUCUCAACACGACCCUGAAUGGACAUACACCCAACACCCACCCAUUACCUCACCUUCCUCAGGUCAGUACACUAACACUGAGACUCUGAACUCAGACUCUGAGACGUCUCCUGCCCUGUCCACUCGAGGCCGCAGAUCAGCCCACGGUAUGACGCAGAAGAAGAAAGGGCUGCCUGAAGCACACCUGUACCCACCCUACAGACAUCCUGCAAACAGUGCCACUUUGCCUCUACUGAGGCCAGAGAUGCUGGAUGUGAACUUUAACCCCCAUCUGGGAGGGGACAGUAGUGACGGAGAGGAGCAGAGCGAGCAAGUCAAAAGAUCACGGAGGCGCAGAAAGAGCAAACGCGAAACAUCUGAGCACAGCCGAACACAUAAUGCGCUUUACAGUGCUGCCACAGCGGAGAACAGUGCCGUCCUCCUCAACGCCAUGAUGAUGCACCGUCAACAGAGCCAGGAGAGCCCAGUUCCUCUGAAUUACCAAACUCCAGAUACUGUGACCCCUCCUGACCUUUUGACCACUGAUACCAUGACCCCUGAACCUGACUAUCAGAAUACAGUGGCUCACAACUCUAGUGCCCCUAGUCCACCAAUGCUGAGCCAAGCAUUGCCAGAGUUAAGCAUUCAGGGCCCUUUGCUCAGGGGCUCCUCUGUUAAUGAAACCCUGGAACAGAAACUGAGAUCUAAACUCUGUGAGCUAGUUGGCCAAGUCAACGAGAGGGAUGUGAUGUUAUGUGAUUUUGAGCAGAUCGGGGAAGUGGGCGACAAGCAAGAGGACCAAGUAAAGGAUAAAGAAAGUGAGAAACUGAGACCAAAGGAGAGACGUGAGAGCAAACGAGACAAGAGGGAAGGAAAAUCGAAGGACAUUGGGAAUGCGAGUGAAAGACAAACAGUUAGAGAGAUGGACACAAGUGAUGCAGUAAGACAGAUAAAGAUAGAAAGAGAAUUUAAGAGAGAUAGAGAGCGACAGAAAGAAAUUGAAAGACAAGUAGAGAAAGAGCGAGAGAGUCAAAGAGAGCUGGAGAAACAAAUCGUGAGGGACAGAGAAAGACAACGAGAGAUUGAGAUCCAGGUUGACAGGAAACAGGAAAGAAAGAGAGAAAUGGAAAUACAGCUGAAACUAGAGCAAGAGAGACAAUCAGAGAUUGAGCGAGAGAAGAAAAGUAAAAGCAUACACAUGGAAAAAGAGAAAUUAGAGUCUAUAGUGAGUAUGGAAUCCAAGGAGGAAGAGAAACAGGAAUCCUCAGGUAGAAUAUUGGAGCGAAAAAAUGUUUUGAAGGAAAACUGUGAAACAGAGGAGCCCAAGGAGGAAAAGGUGAAGAGAACAUCUCCACAAAGAAGCCACUCAGAGACAGGGUCAGAAAAACAAGAACAACUUCAGACAAAGACAAAAAGGUCUUCAACCACAUCUCCAGACAAUGGCCCCUGUAGUCUGGAGGAGCCUAUGUCUCCAUCAGAGAAGUACUCCGCUGCAUCUUUAUGCAGCAUCACCACAGAGGUUCUGAAGGUUCUGAAUGCCACAGAAGAAUUACUUGGAGAGGCAGAAGGCAAAGGUCAUGACUCUUCACCGGCAAGCACACCCAUGUCUUCAGGCACGGGCAACAGGAAGCUGGACCAGCACCUCACUAAAAUGGAGGAAAAUGUGUAUUUGGCUGCAGGUGCUGUGUACAGUCUAGAGGGGGCGCUGAGUGACUUAGAAGACUGUGCUCGCAGCAUCAGCAGCUCCACCACAGAGACUGAACUGGCCUUCCUAGAAGAUCAGGUGGCCACUGCUGCCGCCCAGGUGCAGCAGUCCGAGCUCCAGAUCUCAGAUAUUGAGGCAAGAAUAUCAGCCCUCAAAACUGCAGGUCUAAAUGUAUCUGCAUGCACAUGGUUUUCCAAGUACAAAUCUAAACCUAUGCCCCAGACGCUGGACUUGUCUCGCCAUCAGAGGAGAAAGCUGCCUGCUCCUCCUAUCAGAAGUCUGUCAUCAGAAAAUGAAGUCAAAUCCGAGCCACAGAUGAGAUCUAUGAGGCAGUGACAAGAGGUCAUGUGACCUCAGUGAUUCUCAGAUAAGCUGAAUGGCUCAAUAUCACUUUGCAGUAAAUGCUAGGACCAUCAGGCUGUUCCACACCAGUGCCUUGAUCCAACUUCCGGUCCUUCAAUUUGAUCAGCCCUAUUGCUACUCGUCGACCAUAAGCCUGAUCACACCCCAUGUAGGGUUGAUCUCACUUCUGACCCCUAGGACUCACCUCCAGUAACCAGGGGAACCGAUUCUCUCUCUCUUUGUCUCUCUUUCUGCCUCUCUUUCUCUUUCUGUUCCUCUCUCUCUCUCUCUCUCUCUCUCUCUCUCUCUCUCUCUCUCUCUCUCUCUCUCUCUCUCUCUCUCUCUCUCUCUGCCUUAAUUGAGAUCAGAUUCCUACAAUUAACCACCCCAGAGGGUUAUAAUUGUAGAUUUAAACUCGUAAUUGUUGUAUGUGUAAGAUAGAUGGAAAAUGGUAAAUGUUAACAAUCAAGGACAUCACCUCAUUCUCUUUUUCUAAUGUUUUACUGAGUGUUGUACAUGUUUGAAUUUGUAUGCUGUAUGUCGGCAAUGUGACUGGGAUAAAUAAUGUGACCUGUUUUUUUUUUUUUUUUUUUUUGAUUGCGAAACUGGAGCACAUUCGGUAAAAACAUUUAAAUGUAUGAAAUGUCUAUGUAAAAGUAAACACAAAAUACCUGCAGGACCUGUUGUAUUUGCAUUGCCAUGUUUCUGUUAUUCUCAUAUGUGUCGCAAAUAUCUCAGGAUUCUUUUUCUAGUGGUCAUUUUUGGAGUUUUCUUUAAUGCGCUGUACUCAAAACUGCAUAUAAAAUAACUGUGAAAUUCAUGAUUUAGUCUAUUAAAAAAAAAAAAAAAAAUGGAAAGUUGAAAAGCACUCGACCACCUUACCAUGUAAUGAGUUUGUGAGUGUGUUUGCAUGAAUCGUAAGCCCUCUUUGUAUUCAUACGUCUUCAAAUCAGCCUCAGAUAUCCAGUGACCUCUUGAAUAUGAACAUCAAAUCACUGUCAUCUUAGUAUAAAGCACUCUGGUAAUUUAGGUCGUGGCCUUUGUUGACUUCUAAUUCUUCUUUUAUUAAUUAACGUCUUUUAUUAAUCUAAAACACUCAGUUGUUUUUCUCAGAGCACUGUUUAGUAUUACAUUUGACAUUACACUUGAUAUCCACCUGGAUGUACAUACUGAAAAUUAUAAUUUUGGACAUUAAGUCUACAUCUAAAUUUUAAGAGCAACUGUGCUGUGAGCAUCCAUUAGAAAUCUGACAAGAAUAACUGAGUUGUCCUCAUUUUGAGCAUUUUAUUAAGUAGGGAUCUCCACCUCUUCGUGCAGAAUAACAGCUGUGACAUCAAAUACUGCAUCAUAUUGUCUUAGAGAGUGACUAAGAUGAAGUCUGUGCUGCGCAAUGUGUGUUCAGACACAAAAUCACCCUUUAGUUAACAGAAAUUACAAAAGCCUGAAUGAUAUGUAGUUAAUUUAUUAAUACAUUCCAUGGAAUGCCAAUUUUUUGAGCCAGUAGUGACAUGAAAUAUACAGUUGCACCCCAUAAUCAUCCCCAUUUUUUUCUUCCCCAUUCCACUCUAAUAUAACUCUAAUAGCUGUUCAGCUUUCACGCUCUCAAACGGGUCCUGCUCCUUGUUGUUGUCUAUGGAAAUGUUUGUGUAUAAAAGCAUGUAUCACGUUUCUAAUAGAUGUGAAAAAAGUCCCAUGAAAAGCACAGUCAAGAAAUGAAAAAUGUCUUACAGUGUCAUGUAUUUUUUUCUAGAUGAAAAAAUCGAAUGCAUAUUUACAUAUGAAUGAAGUACAAAAAGACAAGAGAUGGAUAUGAAAUACCGUAGGCUCUUUAAGUGUAUUUCGGGUUUGUUGUGGACCGCAAGGGCAUUAGUCUGCCUCUUUUCAGAAUGUCCUCAGUGUAUUUUAAACCAUGAAGUGUCAACGGGGGGUAAGAAAAUAUUCCGUAGCGAAAAGAAACAGCCAAUGAAUUCUCAUGUGCCAAAUUUGUUCUGACACAAGCAGUGUUCAAAUAAAUAUGAAUAAAGUUUGCAUUCCUGAAGA